AUGGCCACAAAAGGAACAGUGCUUGUGACUGGUGGCAGUGGCCAUAUCGGCUUCCCUAUAGUCGUCGAGGCCCUCAAGCGAGGCUAUAACGUCCGUGCAGUGGUCCGCUCUCAGGAGAAGGCCGAACGCAUCAAGAGCGCCAAAUCAAUCCAGCCACACCUGUCCGGCCUUGAACUGAUGGUUGUCCCCGACUUCUUCGCAGACAGGGCCUUUGCAGAAGCGAUCACCGGGGUGGACUAUGUCAUCCACGUCGCCGCCCAGAUCAUCAAGCCCUGGCUCGACUGCUCCAACCCAGAAGUCGUGCAUGAGAACUGGAUCCGCCCCAACGUCGACAUGACGCUCGCCAUCCUGCGCGCCGCACAGACGCAGCCCACGAUCAAGCGCGUCAUCCUCACCUCGAGCGCCGGCGCGAUCCUUCCCGCCCUCUGGGACGACCCGACGCUCGAGGAGAUUCGAGCCAAGCUUCCCGCCACGCCAACGACGGCCGACAGCAAGCCGCCGCGGCGCUCCGAGCUAGGGCCCUUCGCCAACCCAUCCGAUGCGUACAACGUAUCGAAGCAGCUGGCGCGCGAGCGCGUCGAGCGCUUCAUCGCCGAGGACAACCCGCAUUUUCAGAUCAUCCAGAUCAUGCCCUCGCUGACCUUCGGGCCCAUGGAACUGGCCACCGACCCCCAGGAAUACCUCGUCAGCGCCAACGUCUGCAUCCUGGCGCCGCUGCUCGACAUGCAGCAGCCCUUCGUCUUCCCCGGCAUCACGUGCCACCUGAACGACGUGGUGGACGUGCACGUCGCGGCGCUGGACGUGGAGGGUCUGGACGGCCACCAGAACUUCGCCGUCAACUGGGACCAUGAGGCGGAUGUGCAGUACGACGAUGCGAAGGAUCUGGUGCGCAAGUGGUUUCCGGAGGCGGUCGAAAAGGGGAUACUGCCUUGCAAGGGCGCCACGACGACGUUCAAGUGUCCGAUUGAUGCGAGGAGGACCGAGGAGAUGUUUGGCAUCAAGUUCAAGGGGUUUGAGGAGAUGGUUCGGUAUGGGGUUGAGGGGUUCUUGGAUUCGGUGCGCCAGCAACAGGAGAGCCAGAACGGGACAGCUUGA